AUGACCACCAUGAAGGAGGUGAUCGAAGACCCCGCACUCUUCGUGGCCGUGGAGGACUCGCAGACGGCGGCGCCCGUGCCCGUGGACCUGUCCGGCAAACCGCUGAGGCAGAAGUACUUCUACUGCACCAAUUGCAGAGUCGGCGGGCACGGCCAGCGCUACUGCGAGUACUUCCUGGAACGGCCCGAUUGGCGGGUGUACCCGAGCCAGACGUGGUUCGAAGACGACCAGAAGGGGAUCGAGUACCACUGCCCGCUAGGGAAGAAGCUCGUGGACUUCGCAGACGAGUCGCACUUUAGUCGGAUUGCCAUGUACCUGAGGGGGCGGGUGUGGCUUGAGGGGAAGACGAACGUGCUCCAAAUCUGCGACGAGUCCGUGAUGCCAAAGACCUAUAUCAUAGAGCGGGGGCAGUGGAGCGGCGAUCCGCCGCCUCACGAUGACCAAGUGGCAGAUCUGCCAUGGUUUGUGAAGGAGUCCGACAGGAACUGGGGUACCUCCGUGCACCUGUGUGGCAAACCGUCGGAGUGCCUGAGACUGGCGAAGCCAGAUGCCACGUACGUUGUCCAGCAGCACGUGGCGGAUCCUUUGCUGUUGGACGACGGCCGGAAGUGCCACAUAAAGUUUUACGUCUUGCUGACGUCCAUGGAGGAUGGCGUGACGUGGCGUGUCUAUACGUACAGGGAGGGCUACCUGUCCAUCUCUCCCAAUGUAUGGUCGCCUGGAGACUUAUCAAAGGCCUGGCCCGACGCGUACCCGAAAUGCAAGGCAGCCGUUGCCCGUAUCAUUAGGAAGGCGGUCACGGAUGGGAAGCUGGAAGGCAGGCUUGGGAAAAAGCAGUUCGAGAUUUUUAGUGCCGAUUUCAUGAUGGACAUCCACGGCAAAGCCUGGUUCUUCGAGUUCAACAUGAGUCCUGUGCUGAAGGAUCCGAAGGACGAGCCCAGGAUGAAUGACGCAGAGAUGAUCCGGGCGGCAUUGCAUGUGGUCCCGACACCGAGCCAGCGCAUCCGCGCGGUUUUAGUCCUAGGAGAUGAGAGCUCGCUUGGUAGGAGCAGCAUGGCGAGCCGGACGGAGUCUCGAUAG